ACUUUAAAAAAACAAAUGACGUAUGACAAAAUAUCGUUGUUUCAUACCAGGCGAACAAGGCGACAGCAUAAUACAAUUUGUCGAUGGAAAAAUGGCAAGUAAGUCCUCAACAUGUGGUAUAUGCGAUUCCAUCAAUAUUUCUAAACCAUCUACAGUAUGGUGUAUUGAAUGUAAUGAAGGAUUGUGCGAGGAAUGUGAAGAACGCCAUUUUCUGAUCAGCGCAUCGAAACGUCAUGGUAUUAUACAAGUACAUGAAUUAAAAAACUUAGGUGUGGCUGUCCUUCAAAUUGCAGAAUCCUGUAAAUCACAUGGUGAACGAUACCAAGCUUAUUGUCAUAAACACGAAUGUUCUUGUUGUACAAAAUGUCUCAUUGAUAACCAUAGUAAUUGCAAAGAUCUCACAGAAAAAAAUUAUGUCGUUUCCAACAUCAAGUCGUCAAACAUGGUGUUAAAAAUCGAAAAUGCAUUGCAGGAACUUGCUGAAAAUUUAAAGAGGAUUCAACAGAAUCGUGCUGGAAAUCUAUCAUCUCUCAAACUUCACAGACUGAAUAUUGAGAAGGAAAUUCAAAUAGCUAGGCAAGCAAUUGAUGAGUACUUUGAUCGCCUUGGAAGAGAAUUAUUUAAGGAGCUUCAAAUAAUUGAAAAUGACGAAAAAAUUAAAAUCAACAAAAUUGUAGAAUCUGUAGAGCGGAAAGAAAAGGAGAUAGGUGAACUUCAAACGAGCCUUGCAAUGAUAAAGCAGCAUGCAUCUGACCUACAAACUUUCCUUUUCUGUAAGGAGGUUGAACAUCAAUUAAUAGAUACCGACAACUUCAUACAGUUUAUGGAAGAUAACAAUAAACUAUCAGAUGUAAACAUCUCUUUACAAACGGACAAUUCAUUGAAAAUUUUCAACAGACAUAUUCUAAGAUUAUAUGGUGAAAUAGUUGUAAACACCAUUAAAAGUGAUACGUAUUUCGUGAGACAGGAAGUCAAGCAAGCACAGACCAAUGUUGCUGUUGUUACCAGUCCUGACCACCAAAAUGAAACAAUAGAUACCACCAAACUUGAAAAAGAUCCUUAUUGCAUUGUCUCAGUAAAACCAGCGACAGAAGCUUUGAAAUAGGGAUUAACUGGAUAAUAGAGGCUGCGUCUUACAUAGAGUGGUUUUGUAUUAGAAGACAUUGAGAAAGUGACAUCAAAAUUUUAUUGACCAAAUCAAAUAUCGAAAAGGAAUUUUUAAUCUGUGUAGUGAAAAAUAAUAAUACGCCUUUUACCUAGGAUUAAUAAGUCAAUGUUAAUAUUGAUCCUAGCUUUUACCCAUCUAGAUUGUAAAAAGGAUGCUACAAGCCGUUUUUGGUAUACUAUAACCUUUGAGAAUAUAACUAUUUUAUAAACUUGCUUACAUCGUUGAUAGUGUAUCAUGGAAUAUUUACAAAAAUAUAUUUAAAUAUUUACCAGAAUGGACAGUGUCAUACAAUAUCAGUUGAUAUGGUUACUUUUAGAACUUUGUAUAUUCAAGUCGGACACAUAUAUACUCCGCAAGUCUGUCUAGAUUAAGUUGUUUAGACAAAAGGAUUGAGAAAGCAAAAUGGAUAUAUACACAUAAAUUUUGGAGCUGAACCAACGUUCGUGGAAGAAUAACUAUAUAAUCAGAGAUAAUUUGAAUAGAUCUUAAUUUAUAUAUGGAUUAUAUGCUUUUCAAAUUGAACUUGUUCACAUUUGUACUAUAAAGUCGGGUUAUUUGUUGUUUUAUAUUGUGUAUAUAUUUGUAUAAUUGUUUGUUUGUUUUCAUGAAAAAUUGAUAAGAAUUAAAAAUACAUGGUUGCAUCUUAUGUUACAGAUUUUUUAUAACGUAACAAUAUGCAUCAUAAAUUUAAAUACUAGUAGUCGAACAUUUAGUUCAAAUUUGAGAUAAGUUAAGAGUUUUAGUUUUUUUAUUCACUAUCGAGUAUGGAUUCUGAUUUAGAAUUAAAAGAAUAGCUCACAUUCGAGUUUAAAUUAGAUUUAAGGAAUAACCUUUAACUAAAAUUUUGAUUUCGUAUUUGAGUUACAGUUGAAUUUCAAUUCUUCUAGUUGAGUACGUAGCAUUUUAUGAACAAUGUAAGUGUUAUCUCCAUAGUGGAUUAAUUGUGUGAACGCUAAAAAGUUAGUACUGUAUUUGUUAUUUUUCCCUUUUUUAUUUAUGCUUAGAUAAAAUAUAUCAAGACAGUCAAGAUCCAAAUAUAAAGGAGAGUUUUCAUGUUAAUGGAGUGUACCUCUUUUGUUCUUUUACACUCAGUUGAUAUGGUAUUAUCUUUUGCAGGUAACUUUUAAAGGGCAUGAAUCUAAUGAGGUUCUGACUGAACUAAUCAUUUCUUCCUGUGAAACAACUAUGUCCCAAUCGAUAAUUUGAUCAAAUUUAAACAUCAUUUCCAACCUUCAAAUUGUUUUGAAAUUAAAGUAUAUCUGUUGUUAAAUUACAAUGUCUCCUCAAAUUUACAUCGAUUGCGGUAAGGAUAUCAAUGGUUAACAUUGAGAACUGAGACGACUAUUUUCUAGGUUGCGUUUUUGUUUAUUUGACAAAUUACCUUAUUGUAAAUAAAGUCUGACAGUACUAGUAUAAGUACAUAUAUAUCAAUACUUUAUUUAUCAGUAUAUUUAGACCUUUCUCCCAAAUAAGUAGAAUAAUAAAUCUCCACAUAGGCAUGCAAAUAUCAGAACGGUCAUAACUUUCAACUCAUCAAGAAAUAUGCCCUUUUUAGCUUUUUAACCGUUUUGGAAACUAAGUCAUCGCAGCUUCUAUGUUGAGCAGGAUCUGCUUACCCUUCCGGCGCACAAUACAGUACACCGCUUUCGUUGCUUAUUGUAUGUUAAUGAUAAUUUCUAACAAGGCCUCAAUGAUACCAAGAUAAUCUAUUUUCAUUGGAAUGUAGUAUAUUGACUUUGUACAUUGUUAAUCAGAUUUUCAUUGUUAUUUGUGUUAACAUUAUUUAAUUUUAAGUAUCUAACCUACAGAGUUUUAAUACAAUAUUCUAAUAAUAAAACACAAUCUUUCAUUAGAAUA